AUGAGAUGCAGUGCCAGCAACAAGGCGGAAGUCGUGCUGGCGGCCUUUGAAAAGAGAAGGCACCACGGUGUAAAAAGCGAUUAUGAAAAAAAGGAGACCUUGUUGGGAGGUGACCCCGCCUUGUGCACGGCUGGAAUGUGCGCUGGCCGUAAUACACGGCUGGAGAGAUUCCUUUUAGAACUCCCCAUCAGAUAUGUAAACAUUGCAGAAGUCCGAGUUACCCCAACCAGGACAGAAAUCAUCAUCCUUGCCACCAGAACUCAGAAUGUUCUGGGAGAAAAGGGACACCGUAUCCGUGAACUGACAGCUGUUGUGCAGAAGUGGUUUGACUUUCUCGAAGGAAGUGGUGAGCUCUAUGCAGAGAAGGUGGUCACAAGGGGACUGUGUGUGAUUGCCCAAGCUGAGUCCUUGCAUUACAAGCUUUUUUUGGGGGGGGGGCUCACAGUACGUAGGGGCUGUUAUGGUGUCCUUCGCUUCAUCAUGGAGGGCGGAGCCAAGGGCUGUGAAGUUGUAGUUUCUGGCAUGCUCCGAGGCCAGCAAGCCAAGUCCACGAAGUUUGUAGAUGGUCUAAUGAUCCACAGCGGAGACCCCAUCAACUACUAUGUUGACACUGCUGUGUGCCGCGUUCUCCUUAGGCAGGGUGUGCUGGGCAUUAAAGUCAAGAUCAUAUUGCCCUGGGACCCGAGUGGGAAGAUCGGCCCCAAGAAGCCCUUGCUGGACCAUGUCAGCAUUGUGGAGCCAAAGGAGGAGAUCCUGCCCACCACCCCCAUCUCGGAGCAGAAGCCAGAGCAGCCCCCCAUGCCGCAGCCGGUCCCCACUGCCUAGAAGGGUUUUCCAGUGUCUGAA